AAAAAAACACAGAAAAAUAAAAGAAAAAGAAAAAAAGGAGAAUGUGAUUGGUCUCUCUCUCUCUCUCUGUCUCUCGCUCGCUCUCCCGUCUAUUACCUCUGCAAUUUCUCUCGAAGCAAAACCCUAGUUUCAGUUUUUGGGGGCUUCCUUCUCUCACUGUGUAAGCAAAAUCAUAUAUAACACAAAGACUAAACACACUUGUGUUACAUGUUAAAUCUCUCGAAUUUCGAUCUUCUCUCAAAACAAUAUUCGUUCGAUUUUGACUAUUCUUGAGCUCUUUAGGUUUAAUUACAAUGAGUGGUACUAACGAGCAAACUCGAUCUGGCUCCGGCAACAACAACGGCGAGGGUAUUAUUGGGAUUCCAGAUGAGUUACGUUGCAAGAGAUCAGAUGGUAAACAGUGGAGAUGCACUGCAAUGUCCAUGCCUGAUAAGACUGUCUGUGAGAAGCACUACGUGCAAGCCAAGAAGCGUGCUGCUAACUCAGCUUCCCGUGCUAGCCAGAAGAAAGUUCAAAGGAGGAGCUCACCGUUGGGAGAAACAGAUACUUAUUCCGAAGGAAGAAACGAUGAUAUUCUCGCGGUGAUGCCUAGUAGCAACGGCUCCACCAAGUAUGUUGGUGGUGGUGGUGGUGGUGGUGGUGGUGUUAGAGAGAAGAGACAUGAUAAGAGUGUGAGUAGAUAUGUUCCCGAGACGCCAGUGAUGAGGAGUUUCUCUUCUGCACGUGUUGCUGUGGAUUUAAAUGAUGAUGCUGGAGUUUUUGAAGAGAGUUACAGAUCGUAUAGGACUCCACCAUCUGCUGCUGCUACUGCUAUGAUGGAGCCGUCACGUGAGAGAUCUCACCAAAGCAUGAGUCCUAUGGAAUACUCAGGAGAAAGCACAGAUGUGUCUGAAGAGUCUUUGGGGCAAACUUGUCAUCAUUGCCUGAGAAAAGAUAGAGAGAGGAUCAUAUCUUGCCUCAAGUGUAAUCAAAGAGCCUUCUGCGACAUUUGUAUAUCGACACAGUACUCGGAGAUAUCACUUGAAGAAGUCGAGAAAGUUUGCCCUGGGUGCCGUGGUUUGUGUGAUUGCAAACACUGUCUGCGUUCUGAUAAUACAAUAAAGGUACGAAUCCAGGCAGUACCCGUUUUGGAGAAGUUGCAGUAUCUAUAUCGUCUAUUGUCAGCUGUCCUUCCAGUGAUAAAGCAGAUCCAUCUUGAUCAAUGUACAGAAUUAGAACUAGAGAAGAAGCUUCGUGGAGCUGAGAUUGAUCUUGUCAGGGCAAGACUGAAAGCAGAGGACCAGAUGUGCUGCAACGUGUGUCAAGUACCAGUUGUUGACUACUACCGUCGUUGUCCUAACUGCUCUUAUGACUUGUGUCUGAGAUGCUGUCAAGAUCUACGCGCUGAGUCUUCGGUUGAGAUUGGUGGGAUUAGCCAAACCAGAGGAGAGAGAACAGGAGUUCCUAAACUAAAACUGAACUUUUCAAACAAGUUUCCUGAAUGGGAAGCCAACAGUGAUGGGAGCAUCCCUUGCCCUUCUAAGGAAUAUGGAGGCUGCGGUUCCAAGUCUUUGAACCUCGCUCGGAUUUUCAAGAUGAAUUGGGUUGCAAAGCUUGUGAAAAAUGCAGAGGAGAUGGUUAACGGCUGCAAGGUAUCUGAUCUUUGUAGCCCUGAGUUGUGUGAUUCAAGAUUCUGCAGACUUUCUGAGAGAGAGGAUAGCAGCGACAACUUUGUGUACAGCCCGUCACUUGAAACAGUUAAAUCUGAUGGAGUAGCUAUUAUUGAGAAACAAUGGUCAGAGGGUCGGCUUGUUAUUGUGAAAAGGGUACUUGAUGAGUCAUCUUCCUCUAGCUGGGAUCCUGAGACUAUCUGGAGGGAUAUAAACGAGAUUUCAGAUGAGAGAUUGAUAGAACAUGAUCCAUUCUUGAAGGCUAUAAAUUGCUCGGAUGGGUCAGAGGUUGAGGUAAGGCUUGGAGAUUUUACAAAAGCAUAUAGAGAUGGAAGAAAAGAGACAGGUGCUCCUCUAUCGUGGAAGUUAAAGGACUGGCCGAGCCCAAGUGCUUCCGAGGAGUUCAUUUUCUGUCAGAGACCUGAGUUUAUCAGAAGAUUUCCGUUUCUUGAGUACAUACAUCCCCGGUUAGGCCUUCUGAACGUUGCAGCCAAGAUGCCUCAUUACUCGCUCCAAAACGAUUCUGGUCCAAAGGUUAUUUUGGCUUGUGGGACGUAUAAAGAAACUGAUGCUAGCGAUUCGUUGACUAGUAUUCACUACAGCAUGCGUGACAUGGUAUACCUCUUGGUGCACACAACUGAAGGAACAAAACUCGAAAGUGUGAGAGAGACAAAUCACAGUCCAAGAGAACCUGAUGAGAAGAUGGGAGAAAAUGAGUCACUUCUUAGUCCCGAGGAAAAAAUAAUGAACGGAGAGUUACAUGAUCUAUCGCAUGGUACAGCAAGUACGGAGAAGAAUGAACCUGAGAUGAUGUUGAGUGUGAAUCCAGAGAGUAACAACCUGGAAUCUUCUUGCACGUCUUCAUGUGCAGGAGGAGUUCAGUGGGAUGUCUUCAGGCGCCAAGACGUCCCAAAGCUGGCCGAGUAUUUGCAGAGAACAUUUCAGAAGCCUGAUGAUAGUCUUAAGUGUGAUUUUGUGUCACGUCCGUUGUAUGAAGGAUUGUUCUUAAAUGAACACCACAAGAGACAACUAAAAGAUGAGUUUGGAAUUGAGCCGUGGACGUUUGAGCAACAUCGUGGUGAGGCUAUCUUCAUUCCAGCUGGAUGUCCAUUCCAAUUCAGAAAUCUUGAGUCAAAUGUUCAGGUGGCACUCGACUUCUUGUGCCCUGAAAGCGUUGGAGAGUCAGCAAGACUAGCUGAAGAGAUCCGGUGUUUACCGAAGGACCACAAAGCAAAACCUCAGAUUCUAGAGAUAGGGAAGAUAUCGUUAUACGCAGCUAGCUCAGCAAUCAGAGAGGUGCAGAAACUGAUCUUGAAUCCAGAAGUUGGAGCAGAGCUUGGUUUUGAGGACCCUAACCUAACGAAAGCAGUCUCCAACAACUUGGAUAAGGUAAUCAAGCGGCCACAGCAAAUCAGCUGCACUUGAUCAGGACAAGAUUUGUACAGACUUAUUACCAUUGUUGUGACAUUAGUCUAAACUACUAAUACUACGAUUCAGGAUUUGUAUGUAUCUGUGUAUAUGCUUUACAAAUUAUAUGCAUGAAGCAUCACUAUUCCACUUCAAUUCUCUGGAUGUAGA